AUGCAUAGGUAUUGUUUUGAGGCUAUCGAUAGAACAUUACAAGACAUACUUAACAUCAACGACAAUGAAGAGAAUUGUAAACCAUUUGGGGGGAAAACGGUUUUAUUAGGAGGUGAUUUUAGGCAAAUAAUAUCCGUGGUUGUUAAUGGAACAAGAUAUGAUACUGUUAAUGCAUCGAUAACAAAAUCACACUUGUGGAAACGUUGUAAAGUUUUAUCCCUCAAGCAAAAUAUGAGGCUCCAAGCUACUGGACAUGAUGGUGAGGAAAACCCAAGUUGGAUUAAAAUACCCGAUGAACUUCUACAUAAAUCUAAUGGUGACUUGCUUGAUUCCAUUAUCGCAGAGAUUUAUGAUAACUUGGAAAACUCAUAUAAUAACACCAAGUAUUUAAAUAAGAGAGCCAUAACUACUGACACAAAUGACAUUGUUGCUAUGAUUAAUACUCGUGUGUUGGCUCUUCUUCAAACAGAUGAGAGAACCUACUAUAGUUUUGAUUCAGUGUGUAAAACCUCAAAGAAUUCUAUUGCAUUAGAUAUGCUCUACACAACUGAAGUCUUGAAUUUAAUGACAUUUAAUGGAAUUCUGAACCAUGAAUUAACUCUCAAAAAGUAUGCUCCAAUUAUAUUGCUUCGGAAUUUAAAUCAAGUUGAUGGUUUAUGCAAUGGAACAAGAUUACUCGUCACUCACCUUGGUGAUAAAGUUAUUAAAGCAAAAGUGUUGAGUUGUAGUAAUGUUGGUGACAAUCUGGAGGAAAUCUUUAUGCAAGAGGAAACUAAAGGAUUCUAA